UCUGAUCGGUUCGUAUAACUCUCAAUUUCGAUGUUCUAGGUCAAGAUCAGACGUUGCAUAUGUGAGAAUCCAGGAAUUCCAGAGUAUUAUCCUGGAUGAUCAGCGUAAGGAAAUAGAAAUGAACACAUAUUUCUCUUGUUUUUAGGCGAAAUUGAGAGAGAGAGAGAGAGAGGGAGAGAGAGGUGCGCUGCGCGAAACUGCGAGUAGAUGGAUGAAAAAGGUUGUAGCUGAAGAAAUGGGGUGUUUCUUUAAGGAAGAAGAUCGUAAUUCCCCUUGAAGUAAUGGAGGAGAAAAUUCGCGAGGGAGGAGCACCAGCAACAAAUGCAUCCACCACCACCUCCAGCAUCACGGCAUCAACUAAAACACCAGAAGUGGUGGCCGUAGAACAAGCCCCUAGAAGAAGGGCAGGUGCCCCUAAAAGAAAAGCCAACAGCCUCAACACAUCCGGCCUCUCAUCUACGCCUUCGAAGCGUUUAGCCAAGGAGAAACUCUUCGUUCCCCUUCCUCCAAUCCACAACGGCCCCUGCACACGUGCGCGGCAAACUCCAAACAAGCUCGCCGCCGCCGCCGCCGCCGCCGCCGCUUCUGCUGCAACUACUGCCAUUCCAGAGAAACUCACAGAGGAUGUACCACUUGCCCCAUCGUCUGCAGCUGGAGAAGUAGUUGCUCCUGCAGAAGAAUCGAAUGCGCCCAACGAAUCCUGGCAGGCGUUAGAGCCGCUCCUCGAUGCCGAGUUGGAAGCUGUCAAAUCCCGCGAUGCUAAUGCUCAUGUCAUUCCCACGCAUGCGGCUUGGUUUUCAUGGAACAAAAUUCAUCCUCUUGAGGAGCGUGCCAUGGCUUCUUUCUUCAAUGGGAAGUCUGAGAAGCGGACACCUGAUAUAUACAUGGAAAUACGAAAUUGGAUAAUGAAGAAAUUUCACACAGACCCGAAGACACAUGUUGAAUUGAAAGAUCUAUCGGACCUUUCUGUGGGAGAGUUGGAUGCAAGGCAAGAAGUCCUGGAAUUCUUGGAUCAUUGGGGCUUGAUUAAUUUUCAUCCAUUCCCGCCAACAGAUUCUGUUAUGGCCAAUGCCGAGGCAGAUGGAGCUGUGAAGACAGCUUCUUUGAUUGAGAAACUGUAUCGGUUUGAAACAGUUCAGUUCUGUCCACCAGUCGGUCCUAGGACAGAUUUGUCCACACCAUCCAUGCCACCUCGGUUCUUUCCAGAGUCUGCCAUUGCUGAUGACCUAGUGACGCCAGAGGGGCCUGCAGUAGAGUACCAUUGCAACUCUUGCUCGGCUGAUUGCUCUCGCAAGCGUUACCAUUGCCAAAAGCAGGCAGAUUUCGACUUAUGUCCUGACUGCUAUAAUAAUGGUAAGUUUGAUUCUGGCAUGUCCACUGCUGAUUUCAUUCUCAUGGAGCCUGCUGAAGCUCCUGGUGUAAGUGGGGGAAGCUGGACAGAUCAGGAGACCCUCCUCCUUCUUGAAGCCCUGGAGCUUUAUGGAGAAAAUUGGAAUGAGAUUGCUGAGCAUGUUGCCACAAAAACUAAAGCCCAAUGUAUCUUGCAUUUUGUUCAAAUGCCAAUUGAGGAUACCUUUUUGGAAGGUAAAGAUGAACUUGAUGCCAGUGUACAGGGCAACAAUGAUCCAGGUUUGACCAAUAAUGAUUCAUCUGCCUUAAAAGAUGACCAUGAAGCAACAGAGAGCAAAAGUGCAGCCAAUGAAGAGCAGCCUAUUUCUUCUCCAGUGGACACGUUGAAACCAAAAGAUGAGGAGAACAAAGAUAUAGCAAAUGAGGAUAAACCCUUUUCUUCCUCAGCAUAUGUGCCAAAGCCAAAAGAUGCAAGUGAUGUAAAGGUAUCUGUGGAAGCGAGUGCUAAUUGUGCAAUAAAUGCUCUGAAGGAAGCAUUCCAGGCUGUUGGUUCUGUCCUAGGACCUGAAGGGUCACUUUCAUUUGCUGAAGCAGGGAAUCCAGUCAUGGCACUGGUAGCAUUUUUAGCAGGUCUGGUGGAACCUGAUGUUGCUGUGGCUUCAGCUCGGGGUUCACUGAAGGCAAUAUCUGAGGAGUCUCCUGGCAUUCAGAUGGCUACAAGGCACUGCUUUCUUCUUGAAGACCCUAUUGAGGACAAGAAGGAACCCCCUGUCCCCGAGUGCACUCCCACAGAAACGGUUGAUGUAGAGGCUCAGAAGGACCAGAACCAGAAAGAGGAACAGCAGAUAAAAGAAAAUUCCAUGCCAGCACAAGAAGGUGUUGAUGCCUCAAAGGAGUGCAUCAACAAGAAAAUUGAGGAUGCAGUUCCAAAAGAGGAAAAUGUGGUUUCUUCUGGUACAAGUGCGAGGAAAUCACUUGCUGCAAAUGAAUCAGGUGAUGGAGGUACUCAGGAGGUGGUAGCACCCACUACUCAAGAGGAAGUCACAUCUAGUGCUAAGGAGGUUGAACCUUGUACCGAGGGCGAGGAGGGACUUGAACCCAGUAAUGCAAAGGAAUCGAGUGACCUCACUUUGCCUGGGCAGGAUGUGUCAAACACUGUUACAGGAUCAGAUCAUAAAGCUUUGCCAACAGAGGUUUCACCGAAUUUGGUGAAUGAAUCAGGUGGUGCAGUGUCAGAAGGGAUCACUCAAGGUAAAGAGGUGGGAAAGGUUGCAGAGAUGGAAUUAGAUUCAGUUACUGCAGAAGAAAAAGAGCCUCAGCAACCAGUUUCAAAUAAUUCAAUGGUUGAAACUGGAGCUAAGACAGAAGUGGUAGAAGGUCAAGCUGAGAAGAAUAGUAACUUGGCAGAAUCCAAAGAUGACCAUAAUAUAGAUAAAAUAAAGCGGGCUGCCAUUACUGCUCUUUCAGCUGCUGUCGUGAAGGCAAAGAUUCUUGCAAACCAGGAAGAAGACCAAAUCCGGCAGCUUGCUAUGUUGCUGGUUGAAAAGCAGUUGCAUAAGCUGGAGACCAAGUUGUCUUUCUUUGCUGAGAUGGAAAAUGUGAUAAUGAAGGUUAGGGAACAAAUGGACCGUUCAAGGCAGAGGCUUUACCAUGAAAGGGCACAGAUAAUUGCAGCCCGACUUGGUUUACCUGCUUCCUCAUCUAGACCAAUACCGCCAUCAUUACCUAACAAUAAAAUUGCGAUGGGCUAUGCAAACUCAAUGCCAAGGCCGCUGCCGAGCAUGACUUCUUCAAAGCCACCAAUUAGGAGAACGAUGGUGACAUCAGCUCCUCUGCUGUCAGGCUCAUCUGUUCCCAGUACUGUCACAGGAAAUUUAAGAAGUCCUCCAAAUCAAGAUAAAGUUUCUUCAGUAGGAACAAAUUAAUAAUAGUCUUUAGUCAAGGACAUUCUAUUGUAAUUUUGUUCAUUCUUAUACGUCAGCUAAAUGGGGUUACAAUCUAUUACCAAGUAAACACUAUCUUGUUGAGAAACCAUGUGGAAAAUUUUAGAUGGGGAUUCUGAUUCUAGAGUCUAGACCUGUACUUGUGGAUUAUAUCUUGAUGGCUAUGAUCCACCCUAUGGUGGGUUGUAUUUUAACCCAAAUGAUCUCCUUGGCUAGAAACAAAGUUAGUCUUUAAUUUCAUCUGUCCCACUUAUUGUAUUUGUACCACAAACGCUGUCAACUAUUUUUGCCCCCUCAGGUUUCGAUUCCACCUUGCUC